GAGGUCUUCAUCCCGGAGCUCCUUCCCUUUGCGCCGCCCCAAUGAAUCGGCAUCGCCUCUCGACUUUUGGGCUUCCCUCCGACCUUCCCACCUUCUGGAAGUCUGCUACUGACGCCCCUCUGUCUUUUCGGGUCAGGCAGUUGGACAUGCCGAUCCUUGAAGCCGGCAAGAGGAGGGAGUGGUGGAGCGCGUACAUCGCCCUCAGCUUCUGUCUUCUCGAGGUGGUGUUCCAUUGGGCCGAGCUGGCCAACAAGGACGAAGAAGGCAAAGUCCCCGACGACGAGGUGGAGCUGCUGAAAGUCCAAGCAUGGAGAACAAAUACGGAGGGGGAGCUGUUGGGGAUCCUGUUCGGGAAGGUGAGGGUCGACCAUCUCGAGCCGAUCACGAGUGAAGUCCUGGUAUUCCUGGCCCAACUCUUGGACGACCUGCCUCUGGACGUCCUUUCGCGCUGCGACAAGCGGCCCACACCGGCCACGCUCACCCGUACCUUGGCGCCGCAUCUGCUGUGGUCGACAUGCACGGAGAUUGACGGGGACAAUUGCUACUACCCCUCCUCGGGCCACUACCUGGUCAUCGACGUGACUGAUCUCACCUUGUGGGAUCCAAUCAUUCGAAGAGGAGAAGAGAGAGGGGAGGCGAGCAAAAAAGAAGAAGAAGAAGAAGAGGAAGAAGAGGAGAGCUUAGAGGCCGAAUCUCACGACCCCGACUAUAACGCCUCGGAGGAAGCUGAGUCGGGAGGAAGUGGGUCGGACGAAUCAGGUAGCCCUAGCGAGCAGAGCAAGGAAGAGAACGAAGCCGCAGCAGAGAAGAGGCGAGAGAGGGCAGAAGGAAAGCGGUCAGUAGAGGAAUCGGAUGGACCAGCAGCGCAGCUGUUACAAGGCGAUUUGGCUCGCAAUCUAGAGCCGCCGCAGGAGGAACCUGGGGGACAUGGCGUCACCACCGCGGAGGGAUCAAGAAGCAAACGUCGUAGAAGUUCUUCACCGACUCAAUCCUCUCCACCACGGCCCACCAUUCACAUACGUGGAGAUGCGGGCGCUCGGGCUUCGUCCCCGGUUUUUAUCUCGUCGUCCCCUUGAUCUCCUCACCGUCCAUCAGCUCGCAGGCCGUCCCCCGUUUCCUUCCAACUGGCACCCCUUCCCGCCUUCAAUCUUCCAUCAACUUUAUUCCACCCGUCUUAUCGCCACCGUCUUCCCGCACGCCACCACUCGCUCCCUCGUAACUUCCUUUCCCCUCCACGUCCUUCUCUUCAGCAUGGCGUGGCAUGAAUACAACAACGUAGACGUCUUAUUGCAUAAUCGC